AUGUGCUCCCCCAUGCUGCACUAUGUGCUCCCCCAUGCUGCACUAUGUGCUCCCCCAUGCUGCACCAUGUGCUCCCCCAUGCUGCACCCUGCUCCCCCAUGCUGCACUAUGUGCUCCCCCAUGCUGCACCAUGUGCUCCCCCAUGCUGCACUAUGUGCUCCCCCAUGCUGCACCAUGUGCUCCCCCAUGCUGCACUAUGUGCUCCCCCAUGCUGCACCAUGUGCUCACCCAUGCUGCACCAUGUGCUCCCCCAUGCUGCACCAUGUGCUCCCACCAUGCUGUACCAUGUGCUCCACCCAUGCUGCACCAUGUGCUCCACCCAUGCUGUACCAUGUGCUCCACCCAUGCUGUACCAUGUGCUCCCCCAUGCUGCACCAUGUGCUCCACCCAUGCUGCACCAUGUGCUCCACCCAUGCUGUACCAUGUGCUCCACCCAUGCUGUACCAUGUGCUCCACCCAUGCUGCACCAUGUUCUCCACCCAUGCUGUACCAUGUGCUCCACCCAUGCUGCACCAUGUGCUCCACCCAUGCUGUACCAUGUGCUCCACCCAUGCUGUACCAUGUGCUCCACCCAUGAUGUACCAUGUGCUCCACCCAUGCUGCACCAUGUGCUCCCACCAUGCUGUACCAUGUGCUCCCACCAUGCUGUACCAUGUGCUCCCCCCAUGCUGCACCACGCCAGUUUAG